UCAGCAGGAUACCAACAGGAUACCCACAACGAUAUUUGUGAAAUGAUGAAGCUCCUUAUUGUGGUUUGUGCGCUCGUUGCUUGUGCCUCGGCCGGCUUGAUACGCAGCAGUGGUUGGGGUGGCGGCUCCGGUUGGAGCUCAGGUCCCUGGAUUAGCAGCGGCAGCAGUGGCUGGAGCGGCAACGGCUGGUCCUCCACGCCCAAGGUGAUCAAAGUGAUUAAAAUAGGUGGUGGAGGCGGCGGCGGCUGGAACCAAGGCUGGGGUAACACUGGCGGCUGGUCCGGUGGUGGCUGGUCAGGCGGCGGCAGCGGCGGUGGCUGGUCAGGUGGAAACAGCGGCUGGAACAGUGGCUGGUCCGGCAGCGACGGCUGGUGGUGA